UUAACUGUGACAUUAUUGAUCCUUAUCAAAUCAGUCAGACACCUGACACCUGCUCUUUUAACUUGUGAUUAUGUAAUAUCUGACAAUCGCGUCAGUAUCAUUGUGCAGUAUAGACAUUCCAGGCAAACGGCACACAAAGUUUUUAAAAAUGAGUCCCUCGAAGUCAACAUUGGAUUUGAUAAAUUAUCAUCUCGUUCCUCCAGUUUUUCUUAUAGUUUUUACGGAAAUUCAUUUGGUUGGAAAUGUAUUGCUAGUUUAGUUGCAUGGGCUCUGAUUUGGCUCUGGUUACCAUCAAAAACAUUUAAUGGUCCAACGACGUCUUUUGGGUACACUCCAGUUUAUCAAGCAAAUGGUGAACUGUACUACUUCAUAUCUGUGGCUGCUCUGCUGGUCAUAUCUUUUGUGCAACCUAGCAUAUGCGUCAGUAUUUAUGAAAACUUUGGACCAAUCUUAGGAGGACUUAAUAUUUUGGCCUUGUCCCUUUGUGCCUAUCUCUGGAUCAAAGCAAAGCUAAAAUCUGACGAGAAAGAUCCUUACCUGCUUGAUAAAAAAUAUCCUGUCUUGCACGAAUUCUAUCGAGGGAUGGAGUUGCAUCCCAGAAUUCUUGGGGUCGACGUAAAGCAACUAACAAAUUGUCGAAUUGGAAUGAUUAUGUGGCAGUUGUUGAUAAUUAUAUUUCUGAUUGCUGGGUGGCAACUUCACGGUUUUAAUGGUGGACACUUGGUCAACGUUCUUCUGCAAACAAUUUAUAUUUACAAGUUUUUUCGAUGGGAAACUGGAUAUUUCAAUACUUUAGACAUUACCUUGGACCGCGCCGGAUACUAUCUUUGUUGGGGAUGUUUGGUCUGGAUUCCAUCAUUUUAUACAUUUCAUUCCUAUUUCUUUGUCUAUCAUCAACCAACUUUAGGCUCUUUGGCCAAUAUCAUGAUCUUCCUGUUGGGAUUAUUAUCCAUUUAUUAUAAUUAUAAUGUUGACAGACAAAAAGAAUUGUUCAGAACAUCGUUGGACAAAUCGGUUAAAAUUUGGGGUAAGCCUGCCCAAUAUUUGAAAGUGGUUUACAAAACAGCAGAUGGAAAGCAGAGAGAAAGCAAGUUGUUGUUGUCUGGGUGGUGGGGCGUGGCUCGCAAAAUUAAUUACACAUUUGAGCUGUUGGCUGCCUUUCUCUGGAGUGUCCCCGGUGGGUUUGUGUUCGGAAUCUGGCCGUUUCUAUACUUUGCAUUCCUGCUGGCCCUCCUUGUUCACCGAAUUUAUAGAGAUGAAUCAAAAUGCCUGGACAAGUAUGGGCGAGGAUGGAAUGAUUAUUGCUUAAAAGUCAAAUACCGGUUAAUUCCAUAUGUAUUUUAAGAUUUUAGUUAUGUAAUUAGUUUUUUUCUGCAUUCAUUUUAUUUCAAUUAAAUAUUAUUGAAUCAAGUAGUUUUCUUUGUCUGAAUCUGUCCAUAAGCUCGUCCUUGUUUUCUUCCCCGUCUGUCAGGAUAUCUUCUUUUAGUGUUUGGGAUGAUGUUCGACCCUGGUGAAACAGGGAUUCCAAAUACUGAUAUUAAACCUCGGGAAUUGCGAACUAAUUUCCAUUCGUGAGCUGCAAAGGCCGAAUUGAACAAUUUCCUAUAGAUUAUUCCAAUUAUAAAAAAACAGUAUAAAAAUUCAUACCAGUUCCAGCAAAUGCAUGGAUGAGUAGUAAAAGCAGUACAAAUAUGCAACAAAAAAUA